UCUUACAGGCUACAGUUUCAGUAUACAGUCAAGUAAGCUAGGCUGUAUAAUGUUGGUGGCACUGUUAGAAUAAAGUGGUAUAGCAUUAGUGAUCAUCAUGUUAGCUGUAGAAAGUAGCUGUUUGGAAUGGAACUGAUGUUAUGAUGGGCUCAUUAUGACAAAACAACUGUAGAAUUCCAAGGGGUAUGAAUAAGACCACCAGUCAGUUAAACCUUCACUGCAAUACUAUUCACUGACCCAGUUAGUUGAAGAUCUCCUUGUGGUAUAUUUGUUUGGAAAAACCUUUUAGUUAUUGAAAUGUCUCGGAGUUCAGCCUCAUCCCGCUGUCUGUCGGCAGAUACAGACUGUGUGGUGAGCGACAUCAUCAUCAACAGCACCAGUUCUUACCUCGUCCAGGACUUCAUUGGCAAAGGACGCUUCGGCAAAGUUGCCAAGUCCGUGAAUUUAUUCACAGGAAAGGACGCAGCUCUUAAGAUUGUAACAUCUGAGGACAGCAGAGCCUCAAAAAGAGAGCUCAAAAUGCUGGAGACUAUCCGUUGUCUUGACCCAGUCAAGACAAAUAUCGUUCACUUCUUUGAGAUGUUUGAGCACUGAGGUCUGACCUGUCUGGCUUUUGAGAAGCUGGACAGAGACCUGUUCCAGCUUUUGAUGGACAGACAUGAGAACCCUCUGUCGCUCAAUGAGAUAAGACCAAUUGCACAUCAGCUGCUGACAGCUUUUGAUGCACUCAAAGGUAUUGGUGUCAUUCAUGCUGACCUGAAGUUGGAUAACAUCAUGCUGGUGAACCAUCAGAACCAGCCCUUCAGAGUCAUUGAUUUUGGUCUGUCACUUCACACCAGUGAAGUGAGGCCGGGUCUGAUGGCACAGGGUAUCGGGUACAGAGUACCUGAAGUCAUCCUGGGCCUCCCCUUCACAGAGGCCAUUGACAUGUGGAGUCUGGGUUGUGUCCUUGCAGUCCUGUACCUCUCCUGUCACCUGUUUGGGGUACUCUGUGAGUACCAGCAGAUGAGGAACAUUGUUGAUGUCCUCGGUCAACCAGCUGACCACCUCCUUGAUGCCGGCAGCUUCACUAAUAAGUUCUUCAAGCUGAACCGGCAUUACGAUUACCCAAAGUGGUGGCUUAAGACUCCGAUGGAGUACAAGCUGACCACUGGGAUUGAGCCCAAAGAAUGUGAGAGGGCUCUCAAUCAUCUGGAUGAGAUUGUUAAUCUUUCCAGACAUAAAGGAGUUCAUAGAGCUAGAGGAUAAGAGAGCUUUCCUGAGCCUCUUAAAGUGUCUCCUUCAAACUGACCACGAACAGAGGAUCAGUCCUGACAAGGCCCUGAAGCACCCGUUCAUCUCAAUGGUGCACCUACAGGAGGAGCUGGACACCAGCAUAUAUGUUGACGAUUCAUUUGAUAAAAUGAACACCAGCCAGAGUAACGACUCCGAUGAGAAGCUGAUAUUUGACUCUGAACCAGAAGAGCUGAAUGCUGGAGAAACUCCAGCCUGUCCUCCUGCAGAUGCUGCAGGAUCAGCCUCCCCUGGCUCCUGUGACGACACCUCUGAUGGUGCUACAGGAGCUACAGAUGCCCCAGCUGAGGACCAAUCAGCUGUGAGCUGCUGUGCAGCACAGGUGGACAGUGAGGAGGAUAAGGAGGAGUGGAGGUCGGCCACUGAUGGGUCAACAGUCAAAGUAGAGACUGCUGAGGUGAAGAGGAGCUCUCUGAGGAGAAUCAGGAAGUUCUUCAGCCGGGCCAUAAGGACUGUGUUUAGGAUCAAAAAGAAAACUUAAACACAACACCUCUGACAGCCUCUGCUUCUUUUACUAAUGAAAAUUGUUGAAAUACAGCUUUCACAUGUUAAGCUGAAGUCAAUA